CACAAUGACGUCAUCCCCUCCCCCGAGUGGGGCAGUAACAGCCUGUUCCAUCUCCCCCUCCCCCCAGCUGUAUGGGCCGGGCUGCCUGUUCACAGGCGGACCGAAGUGAGGACUUAUGGUGAGGGCGCAGCGAGCCCUUCGCGCACUCCGGGCUGGACUCUACCAACCAGAGACAGGAGCUGGUUACAGUUCUGGCUGGUGAUGUACCAAGAUCAAGGAGCUUCCAAACCCUGUCUUCUCUGAGCAUGACUGCACUGCAGAAUAAUACAGGGAUGAAUUCAUAGAAGAUAGAGAGAAAAGAGCUGUUAGAUCAAGUGCUCCAUCUUUCUGCAGAGCAGGGAAGCUAGUGUCCUUUACCCAGGUUGCUGCCCAUGCAAGAGACAAGCCUGGUUUUCAUGGCCCCAUCCUGAACCUCCAGAGUCCAAGCAGCCCCAGUGUCUUUGUGGACAGCGUCACAUCAUAAGGUGGCAACAUGUCAGAGAUGGCAACCUCAGCACUGCCCAGUCUCCCAACCACUGCCACGUUUUCAUCUAUCUGUAAACAUCAUGACCGUUGGUAUCAGGGGAGGGCAACCAAAUUAAUCCCAGAUGAGGAACUAUUUCAGCCGAUGUAAGACUUUCCAGUUAAUUUAAGAAAAUGCAGUUGACCACUGGAAGGAAGUAUGUGAAGUUUAUUUCUAAACAAGAUGGUGUCUGGAGGACCAAAUAAACUUUUGUGGACCACUGAAGCCGAAAGAUUAAUUACAUGACAUUAUUUUUCGUCUCUUCACCGUGUGGUUCAGUACUAAGUCAACGUUGCUUUAUGUUAAGACCAAACAGUAGUCUCCUGACAUCAACAUGUCGUCUGUAACAAACACUCAGACUCUGGUGGAUUUUGAUCCUCCUGUCCUUGAGGAAAAGUCAAAGGGGAAAUCAUUAUUUCAGUUGGGCCCCCUCUUUGCUAGCAGGAGUGAGAAAUUUGUGAUUGCCAGGAGUGACAGUGUACCAGAAGAAAAUGUACUGAAAAUAACCAUCACUGAGACUACAGUCAUUGAGUCUGACUUGGGCAUCUGGAAUUCUCAUGCUCUGAUCUACCUCACAUUGUGGUUUUUCUUCAGCUUUUGUACCCUUUUUCUUAACAAAUACAUUCUUUCACUGCUGGAAGGAGAGCCCAGCAUGCUAGGUGCUGUUCAGAUGCUUUCAACCACUUUCAUUGGCUGUAUAAAAAUGUUUGUUCCAUGUUGUUUGUACCAGCACAAAACACGUAUCUCUUACCCUCCCAAUUUCAUCAUGACAAUGCUGUUUGUUGGACUGAUGAGGUUUGCAACAGUGGUUUUAGGUCUAGUGAGCUUGAAAAAUGUGGCUGUUUCAUUUGCUGAAACAGUUAAAAGCUCUGCACCUAUUUUUACUGUCAUUAUGUCCCGGAUGAUUUUAGGGGAAUACACUGGAUUGCUGGUGAAUCUGUCUCUCAUUCCUGUCAUGGGAGGAUUAGCUCUAUGUACAGCCACUGAAAUCAGUUUCAACAUUCUGGGUUUUUCGGCAGCUUUGUCUACUAACAUCAUGGACUGUUUGCAAAAUGUUUUUUCCAAAAAGCUGCUCAGUGGAGACAAAUAUAGGUUUUCUGCUCCAGAACUUCAGUUUUACACAAGUGCUGCUGCAGUUAUUAUGCUCAUUCCAGCUUGGAUAUUUUUCAUGGAUGUGCCAGUGAUUGGGAAAAGUGGAAGGCGUUUCAGUUACAACCAAGAUGUCAUUGUACUGCUCCUAAUAGAUGGAGGCUUGUUCCAUUUGCAGAGUGUUACAGCAUAUGCCUUGAUGGGAAAGAUUUCUCCUGUAACUUUCAGUGUUGCUAGUACAGUGAAGCAUGCGUUGUCAAUCUGGCUAAGUAUUAUUGUGUUUGGUAACAAAAUUACAAGCCUCUCAGCCAUUGGGACAGUUCUAGUAACAAUUGGCGUUUUGCUAUAUAACAAGGCAAAGCAACAUCAGCAAGAAACAAUACAAAGCCUGGCAGUGGCAGCCCCACAACCCUCACAGAGCACAACUUAAGAUACCAAGCCACUAAUAUCCAAGGAUUUAAAGCCAUAUGAUUGAUACGGCUCUUAAUUCUUCCACCACAACCUGACACAACUCAGAGGAACUUUGUCUUAAAUGGAUGCUACCCAAGCUGUUGACAAUGCUUGGUUUCUUUGAAUUCACAACAGGUGAAAGAAUGGACUUUGCUGCAGAGAGGGGAAAAAAUGGAGAAGAUCCUAUAAGCCCUGGUUUACUAGAAACUGACAUGUAGAACAGAAGACCAAGAGUAAUCCAGCAUGGUAAACAUUGGCUUCACACUCCUUCCUUGACUCUGCAAAUAAAUAACAAGACUAUAUUGGAGAUAAAACUUCAGUGUCAGAUGGAAAAAUAACUUGUACCCCAGCCCCACAAAAGUAAUGUGAUAACAUGACCCAUCCCUGUUUUCUGCAUGCUUGCAGUAGGAUGAAACUAGUGCAUAGGAAAAAGAUGUCUAGUUGCCACUUUUCGUAAACAUCCUAGACUGUUUGUGUGUGUGUGGUGAGGAUCUGGAAGAAAGCACUUUGAAAGACAAAAUCAGUCAUUUUUGUUUACACAGCUGUUAGUGUAAACUAUGAAUAUGAGCAGCUACUCUUGAGUAUAAAGCCAGCAAAGAGAAUUUGUGCUUUCCUUUGAAAUUUUCUAACAACUGGAGCAUUGCAGUUUGCCUGGGUGCCGACCACAUUCAUGUGUCUGCAAAACUGAAACACACACACAUGCCUAUAUACUAGGAGUCAACACAAAUAAGUAUAGUUGCUAUCAGGCAAAAACCACUGGAAAUUUUCAGAAAUAAAUGAGGCAUCAGCAUUUCCAUAGUAAGUACUGUCUUAAUUUUAGAAAUAAAAAAGUUUCCUUUGCAUUGUAAUUUAUCAUAAAAUAUUUUUAAGGCAA